GAAGUUUCAGAAGGUAGAAAAUCAACAUGGACAAGAAUCGCAGAUGAAAGCCAGCAAGCGACUCCGGGAGCCACUGGAUGGAGAUGGAGAUGAAAGCGCAGAGCCCUAUGCAAAGCACGUGAAGCCGAGCAUGGAGCCGGCGCCUCCAGUUAGCAGAGACACGUUUUCCUACAUGGGAGACUUUGUUGUCGUCUACACUGAUGGCUGCUGCUCCAGUAAUGGGCGUAGAAGGCCACGAGCGGGAAUCGGUGUUUACUGGGGGCCGGGCCAUCCUUUAAAUGUAGGCAUUAGACUUCCUGGGCGACAGACAAACCAAAGAGCAGAAAUUCAUGCAGCCUGCAAAGCCAUUGAACAAGCAAAGACUCAAAACAUCAGUAAACUGGUUCUGUAUACAGACAGUAUGUUUACUAUAAACGGUAUAACUAACUGGGUUCAAAGUUGGAAGGAAAAUGGGUGGAAGACAAGUGCAGGGAAAGAGGUGAUCAACAAAGAGGACUUCGUGGCACUGGAGAGGCUCACCCAGGGGAUGGACAUUCAGUGGAUGCACGUUCCUGGUCAUUCGGGAUUUAUAGGCAAUGAAGAAGCUGAUAGAUUAGCCAGAAAAGGAGCUAAGCAAUCGGAAGACUGAGCCAUGUGACUUUAGUCCUUGGGGAAACUUGAACCAGUGGCUGUCUUGCUGCUUGUGCUUUUACUGGUGUGGAAAACAGCCUGCAGGUGGGACCAUCGCGGUGAUGGGCAGAUGCGUCUUUCACACGGAAUCAGGCACAGUGGCCUUCUGUGACACGUUUUCAUAAAAAACGGUUAAGUAUAUAAUAAAUUGAACAUCUUUGAGAUUGGAGAAUUA